AUGACCAUAAUUCUUCGCAAUCCCGUUCUACUCGCCUUCCUGUUGAUGGCCUUGUUGUCGCUAUCUGAAGCGGCUCCACCUGGACAUCAUCUCAGGAGGCCCAUGGGAGGAAUAGGGCGACCAAAGCCUGUUGUACAUCAUCAUCACGUGAGACCUCCUCCGCCUCGUCCACCAGCCCCAGUAUUUGGCCGACGUGAGUUUUUUACCGUUUGA